AUUCGUGCGCUACGUGCGGUGAAUAUCAGAAGCUUUCAACUGGGAACCAGUGCGAGUGUUUUCCUGUGUUACGGGUUUAUAUUAGUGAUCUUCCAUCAUGCAUGUGGACUUCGAGAAGCUGCGGAUGAGCGGCGCGGGGAAAGCCAUCGCGGUCCUGACCAGCGGCGGGGACGCGCAGGGGAUGAAUGCUGCUGUUCGAGCUGUAACACGCAUGGGCAUCUUUGUAGGCGCUAAAGUCUACCUGAUCUAUGAGGGUUAUCAAGGCUUGGUUGAUGGAGGAGAUCAUAUCAAACUCGCCAACUGGCAGAGCGUCACCAACAUCAUUCAGCUUGGUGGCACCAUCAUCGGCAGCGCCCGCUGUAAGCCCUUCACGACUCGAGAGGGUCGUUUGUCCGCGGCGUUUCACCUGCUCCAGCGCGGCAUCACCAACCUGUGUGUGUGUGGAGGAGACGGCAGCCUCACCGGGGCCAACAUCUUCCGCAGCGAGUGGAGGAGCCUACUGACAGAGCUGGUGCAGCAGGGCCGGAUCACAGACUCUCUGGCGCAGCAGUUUACUCAUCUGAACAUCGUGGGUUUGGUUGGAUCCAUUGAUAAUGAUUUCUGUGGAACUGACAUGACAAUCGGAGCCGAUUCUGCUCUACAUCGAAUCAUGGAAGUUAUUGAUGCCAUCACCACCACGGCACAGAGUCAUCAGAGGACGUUUGUGCUGGAGGUGAUGGGCCGCCACUGCGGGUAUCUGGCUGUGGUCUCGGCUCUGGCGUCCGGCGCCGACUGGCUCUUCAUCCCAGAGGCUCCGCCAGAGGACGACUGGGAGGAUCACAUGUGCGCUCGACUGGGAGAG